AUGUUUGGACGAUUAGCGUUGCUUUGUCGCCUUUCGCUUCUCUUCUUCACCUCCCUGGCCACCGCACAAGCCCAAGAACCGCUCCUUCUCCCGGGCUACAAAGUCGGCGAUCGGAUCCCCGUGAGCUGCCUGAAUCGAACAAUCGAGACGAGCGAGCACAUCAAAACCCCCACCGGCCAACUCGAGUACAUCCCCUUCCCCGUGUGCAACGAAACCGGCCGCCCGCUCGAACUCCUCUUCGGCGUGGAGCGGGAAAUCAACUGCACCAUCGACUUCAUCGACGACAACUUCUUCCACCUGCUCGAGUUCUACGUGCACAACGACGCGCCGCUGACAUGCCGCAUUCCCACCAAACCCCUCCCGCCGUCGGUGCUGCAGAAGCAGUUUGAGGCGGGCACGAAAGAUGAGACGGAGGGCGAGGGCACGCUGAGUGAGAUUUACACGCCUAUGGUUGUGGCGCUGUCGGGGACGAUUCAGUUGAGCCAUAUACACAUCAGCUCGAAUUUGAAUGUGCUGCUGCACGCUAUGCCGAGGAGCGACGCGCCGGGUACCAUUGCUGCUGCGACGGCGUAUUCGAUUAGUCGAGGGCCGCCGGCGCGGAUUAUUAUCGGCGAUCCUCUGCCGCUGCAAUUCAGCGUGCGGUGGUAUCCCAACACUUUCCUCCCUUCGGGCUGGACGGGCGUGGGUGGCCAUCUGACGUUGAGCACGCUGGUGUAUUGUUUGCUGUCGGCGCUGGCGUCGGCGGCGAUUUGUAUGACGUAUUUCAGGGGGUUUGAAUUACCGCGACGGCUGAAGAGUCAUGGGAAGGAUCGGCUGGGGGGCAUGGAAAGGGGUGGACUGGGCGGUUAUGGCAUUCCGAAUGGGUAUGGGAACGGGUAUGCAUUUCAAACGGGCAAGCGGGAUUAG